CCGUUGACAUUUGAUAUUUGUGAAUAUUAUUCGCAAGGAAUGACGCAAACGAGGUUUUGUCGGCUCUGGUUAUUUAUCCAAUAAAAUAAACACCAGAUAGAGGAAGCAUCUUUCUUCUCCAUCCAUCCAUAAUACAGAAGAGAAGAACUCUUCCCAAAUCAGGAGUAUGUUGGAGCUCUGAUUGAACAAACAAGAUUGACAGUUCAAGAUGGGGUUCAAACCACUGGUUUGGUACUGUAAGCCAGUGGAAAAUGGGGUUUGGUCUAAACUGGUGCAGAAUGCAUUUGGGGUUUAUACACCUUGUGGAAUGGAUACUUUAGUGAUUUCCUUCACUCAUCUUGUUCUUCUCAGUCUUUGCAUUUACCGGAUAUGGAAGAUGACAAUGGAUUUUACUGUUCAGAGGUUUCGGUUGAGGUCGAAUUACUACAAUUACUUUUUGGGUUUGUUAGCUGCUUAUUGUGCUGUGGAGCCAAUGGUUAGGUUGGUCAUGGGUAUCUCAAUUUUGAAUCUGGAUGGGCAGACUGCGCUCGCUCCGUAUGAGAUGCUUUCUCUUGUCAUUGAGGCUUUUGCUUGGUGGUCUAUGCUGGUUAUGAUUUGCCUAGAAACUAAGAUCUACAUACGCGAAUUUCGUUGGUACAUCCGAUUUGGUGUUAUAUAUGCGCUUGUAGGGGAUGCCGUUAUGGUGAAUCUCGUUCUCUCUGUGAAAGAGUACCAGAAUCUGUCCAUUUUGUACCUAUACAGCAGCGAAGUUUUCUGUCAGGUGCUCUAUGGAAUUUUCUUGUUAUUUUACGUACCUAAUUUGGAUCCAUAUCCGGGCUACACACCGCUAAGGGAAGAGUUCGUUGAAAACACAGAGUAUCAAACACUUCACGGGGAAGAGCAGAUUUGUCCGGAGAGGCAUGUCAAUGUGUUUUCCAAGAUAUCUUUCGCAUGGAUGACACCACUCAUGGAACAAGGAUUUAGAAAGCCGAUAACUGAGAAGGAUGUGUGGAAGCUGGAUACAUGGGAUAAGACCGAGACACUGAAUAGCAAGUUUCAAGACUGUUGGUUAAAGGAAUCUCAAAAAUCUAAACCAUGGCUGUUAAGAGCACUUAAUAGUAGCCUCGGGGGAAGGUUUUGGUUUGGAGGGUUUUUUAAGAUUGGCAAUGAUCUUUCUCAGUUUGUGGGCCCAGUUAUAUUGAAUCGUCUAUUAAAGUCUAUGCAAGAAGGGGAACCAGCUUGGAUUGGUUACAUCUAUGCCUUUUCAAUUUUUGUCGGAGUGUCCUUGGGGGUUCUUUCUGAAGCACAAUAUUUUCAGAAUGUCAUGCGUGUGGGUUACCGGCUGAGGUCCACGUUGGUUGCUGCCAUAUUUCGCAAAUCAUUAAAAUUGACGCACGAAGCGCGUCGGAAGUUUCCGUCUGGAAAAAUUACCAACUUGAUGACCACAGAUGCUGAAUCUCUCCAGCAAAUAUGUCAACAGCUUCACAGUUUGUGGUCAGCACCAUUUCGAAUCAUUGUUGCUAUGGUUCUUCUAUAUAAUGAACUUGGUGUUGCUUCUUUGUUAGGCUCAUUGGUGCUACUUUUGAUGUUCCCUUUACAGACAUUCGUGAUUAACAAAAUGAAGAAGCUCACUAAAGAAGGUCUACAACGUACAGACAAAAGGAUUGGGCUCAUGAAUGAAAUCUUGGCUGCAAUGGACACUGUCAAAUAUUAUGCCUGGGAGUGGAGUUUUAAAUCGAAAGUUCAAAAUGUUCGUGAUGAUGAGCUCUCAUGGUUCCGCAAAUCGCAAUUACUAUCAGCGUUGAAUCGUUUCAUCCUCAACAGCGUUCCUGUUGCGGUGACAGUUAUAUCCUUUGGGAUGUACACUUUGCUUGGCGGGGUCUUAACACCUGCGAAGGCGUUCACAUCACUUUCACUGUUUGCAGUGUUGAGAUUCCCCUUGUUCAUGAUUCCCAAUUUGAUAACGCAGGUUGUAAAUGCAAAUGUUUCAUUAAAACGUCUGGAGGAACUUUUCUUAGCUGAGGAGAGACUUCUUCUACCAAACCCACCUCUUGAGCCAGGCCUUCCAGCCAUAUCAAUAAAGAACGGAAAUUUUUCUUGGGAUUCAAAGGCAGAGAAACCCACAUUAUCGAACAUUAAUUUGAAUAUACCGGUGGGUAGCCUUGUGGCAGUUGUUGGCAGUACCGGUGAAGGAAAAACAUCACUCAUAUCAGCCAUGCUUGGGGAAUUACCUCCUACAACUGAUGCAGAUGUUGUUGUUCGAGGAACCAUUGCUUAUGUUCCACAAGUUUCAUGGAUUUUUAAUGCGACCGUACGCGAUAACAUAUUAUUCGGUUCUCCUUUUGAAGCUUCACGCUAUGAAAAAGCUAUAGAUAUGACUGCCUUGCAACAUGAUCUCAACAUACUCCCUGGUGGUGAUCUCACAGAGAUUGGUGAGAGGGGGGUGAAUAUUAGCGGUGGGCAAAAGCAACGAGUUUCCAUGGCUAGGGCCGUUUACUCCAACUCUGAUGUAUAUAUAUUUGAUGACCCUUUAAGUGCUCUAGAUGCUCAUGUCGGGCGCCAGGUUUUUGAUAAAUGUAUCAAAGAAGAACUAAGAGGAAGAACCAGAGUGCUUGUUACAAACCAGCUUCAUUUUCUACCACAAGCAGAAAGAAUUCUCCUGGUUCAUGAAGGUAUGGUGAAAGAGGAGGGAACUUUUGACGAACUUAUCAACAACGGUGUAUUAUUUAAGAGGCUAAUGGAAAAUGCCGGCAAGGUGGAGGAACAUGUGGAAGAAAAGGAAGAUGAGAAACCUGAGCAGAAGGACUUAAGUUUGGCUGGUAAUGGCAUGGCAAGUGAGAUGCCAAAAAGUGUGAGUCAAGUAACCAAAGUGGAAAAAGGCAAGUCUGUUCUUGUCAAGCAGGAGGAACGUGAGACAGGUGUUGUCAGUUUGAAAGUUCUGAUGAGAUAUAUGAACGCUUUAGGAGGAUUUUGGGUAGUUAUGAUACUCUUUACCUGCUAUGUGUCAACUGAAGUCUUUCGAGUUAUGAGUAGUACAUGGUUAAGUGUUUGGACUGAUCUAAGCACCCCAAAGAUCCAUGGCCCAGGUUUCUACUGUCUGGUUUACGCAAUGCUAUCCCUCAGUCAGGUACUUGUAAACUUGGCAAACUCUUACUGGUUGAUCAAAAUAAGUCUAACUGCAGCCAAAAGGUUGCAUGAUGCAAUGCUCAACUCUAUCUUAAGAGCUCCAAUGGUAUUUUUCCAUACCAAUCCAGUUGGUAGGAUGAUUAAUAGAUUUGCAAAGGAUCUCGGCGACAUAGACCGCAAUGUUGCUGUGUUUGUAAAUAUGUUUCUGAACCAAGUAUUCCAACUUCUUUCAACUUUUGUGCUGAUUGGCAUCGUGAGCACCAUAUCCUUGUGGGCCAUAAUGCCGCUCCUGAUCUUAUUUUAUUCAGCCUAUCUAUAUUACCAGAGCACAGCCCGUGAAGUCAAACGCUUGAGUUCCAUAACUAGAUCUCCUGUCUAUGCACAAUUUGGGGAAGCGUUAAAUGGUCUAUCGACCAUUCGUGCGUACAAAGCCUAUGAUCGAAUGGCUAGUAUUAACGGGAAGUCUAUGGACAAUAACAUCAGGUACACCCUCUUGAAUAUGAGUGCAAACCGCUGGCUCGUUAUCCGUUUGGAAUCACUUGGAGGCUUGAUGAUUUGGUUGAUAGCAACUUUUGCUGUCAUGGAAAAUGGACGAGCAGCAGAUCGCGUGGCAUAUGCAUCUUCCAUGGGUCUGCUUCUCAGUUAUGCUUUAAAUAUUACAAACUUGUUGUCGGGAGUUCUUAGAAUUGCCAGUGCAGCAGAGAAUAGUUUAAAUGCUGUCGAGCGUGUAGGCACAUAUAUAGAUUUGCCUUCAGAGGCGCCUACCGUGAUUGAAGAUAAUCGAUCCCCACCUGGAUGGCCUUCUUCAGGAUCGAUCAAGUUUGAAGAUGUUGUCUUUAGGUACAGGCCUGAACUUCCUCCAGUCCUUCAUGGAUUAUCUUUUGCAGUUUCUCCUUGUGAGAAGGUUGGAAUAGUUGGGAGGACUGGGGCUGGGAAAUCUAGUAUGAUCAAUGCUUUAUUUAGAAUCGUGGAACUUGAAAGUGGCAGAAUCUUAAUUGAUGGUUCUGAUAUUGCAAAAUUUGGUUUAACUGAUCUACGUAAAGUUCUCGGGAUAAUUCCACAAUCACCAGUUCUCUUCUCAGGAACUGUCCGGUUUAAUCUUGAUCCUUUUGAUGAGCACAAUGAUGCUGACCUCUGGGAGGCUUUAGAGAGAGCGCACCUUAAGGAUGUCAUUAGAAGGAAUUCUUUAGGUCUUGAUGCCGAGGUUUCUGAGGCAGGGGAAAAUUUCAGUGUUGGCCAGAGGCAACUGUUAAGUCUUGCUCGAGCACUACUACGGAGAUCCAAAAUACUUGUUCUUGAUGAAGCAACUGCUGCUGUAGAUGUUAGAACUGAUGCUCUUAUUCAGAAAACUAUUCGAGAAGAAUUCAAAUCAUGCACCAUGCUCAUUAUUGCUCAUCGAAUAAAUACAAUCAUUGACUGUGAUCGUGUUCUCCUUCUUGAUGCGGGCCAGGUUCUUGAAUUUGAUACCCCAGAGGAUCUUCUGUCAAAUGAGGGGAGUGGUUUCUCUAAGAUGGUGCAGAGUACAGGUGCUGCAAAUGCGGAAUACUUGCGAAACUUAGUCGUUGAUAGUAAAGCAGCAAAAGAAGAGACCAAACGUCAAGAUGGGCGUAGAAGAUGGUUGGUCUCUUCCCGCUGGACAUCUGCUGCCCAGUUUGCUCUUGGAGUUAGCCUCAGUUCUUCAUACAAUGCUCUGGAAAACUUGGAAAUCGAAGACGAUAACAAUAUCCUCAAGAGAACUAAGGAGGCCGUCAUCACUCUGCAAGGAGUUUUGGAAGGAAAGCAUGAUAAAGCUAUUGAAGAGACGCUAGAUCAAUACCAGGUUCCUAGAGAUAGAUGGUGGUCAGCUCUCUACAGAAUGGUUGAAGGUCUUGCAACGAUGAGCAAGUUAUCUCGCAACAAGUUGCAUCAAUCAGAUGAUGGCUUUGAGGAUAGACCGAUCAAUUGGGACCAUUUUGAGAUGUAGAUAAUAUAAGGUAAUUACUAAUUACUAAUUUUGACAUCUCUUGGAAUAGCAUAACAUAAUUUGUAACAUCUUAACUUUAAGCCAAAUUACAUACGGUAUAGAAGGCGUCAAUACUCAUGUACACCUUGGUAGGCUGCUUGACCUCUAGCAGUCCUGCUCGGGUACUCAUUCUUAGUUGUAGGUGCUUUGCCAUCACUAAGGGUACGCGUAAUGGAAUUUGUACAUUUAACUUCUUCAGGGGUGGCAUAUAUUUGCACCUAAAUUUAUGUAAGAAAAGGGCAUGGCAUCAUUGGUGCUUGCAAGUUUAAAACUUUGGUUGUGGGUAUCAGCACUUCAGCGCUCUAGAAUGUAAUUCUUAUUCUUCCAUAAUUGUAGCAUACAAAUAUCAGAACAAACUAGAUUUUGUGCCCGUGCUACGCACCGGACGGACCUGAAAUCAUAUUUUUUUUGUUUUAAACA